CAGAUGAAGUAACGCGAAAGCAGCCGAAGUCGCGAGUCGCCGAACUAGUAAAGUCAUUGUCUUGUUGGCCUUGUUGCUUGUCGCUAACUUAUGUUCUAGUCCAUUUUUAAUUACUUGUUUUAAUUUAAUUAACACCCUUUGUAUAGUGUCGUUGUGUGUGUUAAAAUUCUGAACCCAAAGGACACAAAAAUCCAGGAUGGCCUGGACAGCUUAUCAGAAGUUCCUAGCUGCUAUGCUAGUAGUUACGGGGUCCAUUAAUUCACUGAGUACCAAAUGGGCUGAUAAAUUGGAAGCCAAGGGUUCCGAUGGACAGAUACGAGUAUUCGAACAUCCGUUCCUUCAGGCGGCUGCCAUGUUUCUCGGGGAGAUGAUGUGCUUGCUGACUUUCAAGCUGAUCUACUUCAAGACGAAGAAUACUGGAGGACAUGCUCUUACCAAUGGCAAUCAGAACUUCAACCCGUUCAUCCUUAUGCCGGCCGCAAUGUUUGAUUUGAUUGGAACCUCGAUCAUGUACAUCGGUCUGACGCUGACCUACGUGAGCAGCUUCCAAAUGUUCAGAGGGUCUAUCAUCAUAUUCGUUGCUGUGCUCUCCAUGACUUUCCUGGACAGAAGAAUAAUUCGACGCGAGUGGGCUGGCAUCGGUUUUGUUAUUAUUGGUCUGAUCGUGGUUGGUGUUACGGAUGCUCUGUACCAGUCAGCUGGCGAGGCCAAAGGAAGGAACAGCCUGAUCACCGGAGACCUGCUCAUCAUUGUCGCCCAAGUUAUCUCAGCCUGCCAAAUGGUGUACGAGGAGAAAUACGUCGCUGGUCUUAACAUUCCACCUCUGCAAGCUGUAGGAUGGGAAGGUGUCUUUGGUUUCUCUGUACUGUCCUCUCUCCUGGUCGUAUUCUACUGGACUCCAGCCCCUCCCCACUUCGGUAAUAAUGCUCGUGGAACCGUCGAAGAUGCUAUUGAUGGACUGGUACAAAUCGGCAACAACCCCCUGAUCUUGGUAGCGACUUUGGGCACGAUCAUUUCUAUUGCAUUCUUCAACUUCGCCGGUAUCAGCGUCACUAAGGAAAUGUCUGCUACUACUCGAAUGGUCCUGGAUUCUAUCAGAACGUUCGUGAUCUGGAUGGUGUCUUUGGCGGUGAGGUGGCAAACGUUCCACUGGCAGCAUCUGAUCGGGUUCGCCAUCUUGAUCUUUGGCCUGUGCGAGUACAAUGGCAUUAUUCCUCGAUGCCGUCGCCCCGCUCCCGAGCCUCUCGCCGACGACGCCGAGAGCCAGGCUGUCAACACCGAGCCUGAACCGACAGAUCACGAUGUUGAGGAACAAUAGGUAAAGCAUUCUUUACCAAUUCAGUGUCCACAACCAUCAUAUCAAGCGCACACGAGACAUUUGGACUGGCCACUGAAUUUGUAAAAGAAUCAAAAGUGAGAAACGGUUAUGCAGUGUAUCUUAUACGGGAACAUUGAUAUUUUGAUGAUGUUUAUUAAUGUAAAAUUAGAAAUUUUAAUGACUUUUUGGUAAUAUACAGUUAUAACUUAUAAUACUCUUUGUAAUGUUCACUCGGCAAUGUGUACGUUUUAUGUCUCAGUGUGCAAAAUUCAUGUGUAAAGAAGAUUAGUUAUAUGUAAUGGUGUUUACAGACAUACAGUUUCAAGAUCAGUAGCGAAUUAAUCUUCCUUAUUCCAUUAGACUGUUAGAUUUUUAUGCGUAAUAAUGAAAUUGUUAUAAUUAUUAUGUCACUUGUAACACGGCCGUUGUUAUAUUUAUGUCAGUUGUUACACAUAUUAUUAUGUAUAAUCCACUAGUAACUUGCCCAGAUCGAAUAGGUAAAUGAUUUUCACUAUAUCGGAAUCUUCAUAUAUUUUAUAGGACUAUUGAUGUUUAAACGAUAUUGGAUGUGUAAUAAAAUGUAUGUUAAAGUAUACAGCGUGAGUUUAUAACCGCUUUCCCGCAGCAGAACGACGUAAUUGCCCUCGAAAGGAAUUAAAAUUCGAAACUGUCGAUUAUUAACUGAGUUAAAGGAAAUAUGAAAAUAAAAAGAUUUUCGCUAACUCAAGGUUUAGUAUCCACGCUAAUCAAAUAAUUGAUAAGUACGAUCAGUCCAGGUUACCGUUUUCGUAUUAACGGCUGAUUAUGAUGACAGGGGCGUAGCUAGUGCCGUAUCUGCCGUACCAAUUAUAUGGGCCCCUGGGCUACGGGGGCCUUCAACGUGACAAGGAAUGACAAAAGUCCAAAUAACGAAUCAAUUCCUUUUUUAGCAAGUUUAAGAUAAUUGAUGUCAUCAUAAGGACCCUUAAACAUGGGGUCGCUGAUUCGAUGAUUCGCCACUGCAUAAUGAUGAUUCUAUCAAGAAAAGGUAGAUCGAUUGUACUAUCAAAACAAAAUCAUUUAGCCACGGGAGAACAAGACAAAAUCACGCUGUAUAAUUACUUAAUGAAUGUUUGUUUAUAUACAUAAUACAAUAUAAUAUACAUUGCGUAUUUUAUAUCACUAUAUAUUUGAACUAAGAUUUUUGAUAAAGGUAGAUAGGAUGGCGUUUGUCAGUAACAAAUUAAAGGAAGGAAAGUCCAAUGGUGAUAUGAAGUGAUGAAUUAUGUAUUGUAUAAUAUAAUAUAAUAUAAAUGUAUAUGGAAGGUAAUUAUAACAUUAUACGAUUAGAUUAAAAGAAUAUUAAUGAAGUAAUUCCGUAAAUAUAUGACAAUAAAGUAACCGGUAUCAUCAUAAUAAUUUUAAUAGUUCAAUAGGACUGCCUCGUUGGUCGAUUGUUGCGUGUGACUGUCGAACAAGGGGUAUUCAAUUCCCUGGUCAGGCAUUAUGGGGUUUAUAUUUAGCAUAUUAUUGGGUUUUUCGAUAUUCGAAAGGCUCUGUAAUAGCGAGGAGUCGGGGUUUAUACCUGGUGUGGCAGUAGUGGUAGGCUUCUAGAGGGUGCUACAUUGUACAUGGGCACGUCAUUUGUACUUUAGAGGUAAACAUUUUGAGGUUAUGCCUGAAUCCAAAGGAACGGUUACUUUAUGUCCUCAUUUACUCAUUCCUCAAACUCCAUAGGCAUAUAUUUGCCUCUAAUGUGUUGUCCGUAUAAGAAUUUUAGAAAAGUAAUUAAAAAACAGAUCUUACUUAGCUCAAUUUGUGUAAUUUUUUAUAUUGUAGGAAUUAAUGAAAUAAUCGAUUAUUAUAAAUUGAUUCGAUGUCUAUCACUUAAUGUCUAAGUUUAAGGAUUUCGGUGUUGUACCAUUGUUGCGUAUGCGAGAUGAAGUUCCACUGAUAUCGUGAUCCAACGACGAUUUUUGUUGAAGAAAAUUAAUAGUCUUACCUGUCCACGCCGCAAUGGAACAAUGCCUUCACAAAACUAUCAGAACUAAAAGCAAUAUCACAGUUGUUAUUAGAAUAUACACGCUGGCUAGGGAGCUAGCAAACUAGUACUUAUAUCCAAUAGCAUAAGGUAUAUUUAUUUAAUAAAAUGUAGCUUCCAUUCUGACAGGAAUUAUACAUAGGUUUAAACAUUUUAAACUUAUAUAUAACACGAAUUAUGCAGUACAUUUAUUGAUAAUUAGAAAAAUGUGGACACUUACUCGGUGUGAGUUAGCCAGGUGCCAUUAAGGGAGUGUCUAAACAUUUGUUGUUUAAUACAGGUGAUCUCUUAUUUAUUCAGAAGCCUUCGUGCAAGUUUGUUUUAUGUUUAACCAGACCGAAAUGAGAGCGCGUUCGGCGUUCUGUUCCCUUAGUAAGUUUUUUUUUUUUACAUUUAACGAAAUCGAAACGAAAGCGUGUUUGGCGCUAUGAUUGGUUAGUUCAUUCGUGCUGGCCAAUCAGAGGCACCGAAUGCGGUGACCUUUCGUUUUCGUCCAACGAAAAAAAAAUCGUAUUAAUGGGUACGGAUUGGUUGGUUCAUUCGUGCCGGCCAAUCAGAGCGCCGGUCAUGCUCUCGUUUCAUUGUCGUUCAGCGAAAAGCAAGCUCGUACUAAGGAUACUAACUUUAAAAAUGAGGCAGUGACAUAAUUCCAUACAGCUUCCAUAUAAAUAGGCCAAAUCUCUCUUCAUUAAAACUUAAUACAAUGAAGAAAAGACGCGAAUAGUAAACAAAUAAACAUUAAAAUCGUAGACUCGCCUUGUCUCGCCUUUAGAAGGCUGGGCUUGAGGCAAAGUAUGUUACAUUAUACUAGUAACCGUUAUUGUAUUAAAAUUGUCGUUGUUUCAUAGUUACCGUUUUCUCUAUCAGUUAAUUGUUAACUUUAACAAAAUACGAAUACUAAUAGCGUCUCUAGUUUUCGCGGUACCGUAAAAAGAGGUGAAUAGAAUUCGAGGGGUGAAAAGAUACAGAAAAGGGGUGAAUAGAUACAGUAGAGGGGUGAAUAAGUACAGAAGAGGGGUGAAUAAAUACAGUAGAGGGUUAAAAUAUAUAUUGGGUAAAUGUUCUAAUAUUUAUUCACCCCAUUAUUUUGUCUAUUCACCCUUUGAACACUAUUCAUCUCGUUUUACCGUUAAAUAAAAUUAAAAAUAGUUGUUGAUUUAAUUAUGUGUUCGAUUCGCGGUUGUGCAAUUGUUAUGUUCUUAUGCACUAGUUACAAGCAAACAGCUUAAUCUUCUUACAUCUUGUUCUUGGUAGAAUAAAUAAAUUGUUGGAUGAUAAUUUUACAACCAAAGAACUUAAUUAUAAUUAAGGACCAAUCAUAAGGAACUUGGAUGGUAAGCAAUAUAAACUCUCUUUUUUGAUAAUACAGAUUUUUAGUGUUAUUUACACCGAUUUAUAAGUAAAUAUUACCUCAUAAGAAAUUGAAACCUAGCUCCCUAACCAUACAAACAGAUUUUUGAAAUAAUUAUUACAUAUUAUUAUACUUAUAUUAUCACAAAACGCAUCUAAAUGUAUUUUAGUAUCAAUAGAAUGUAGUUAGUUGUUAAGGAGUAAUUACUUACGCAAACGUGUUUAUUAUUAUUCCAAAAAUACAUAAUUGUAUCAAAGACGCUACGGUAAAUAUGCUAGUUCAUAAUUCCUAACACCCCAAGUCCCCGAGAGAAUAUUGUACCUAAUUAAAAGCAAUAAAACGAAAUAUCACUGAUUUUAAAUAGAUAUAAAUAAUUAAUAGGCCAUUGUACUAAUGUUCUGACUUCUUUACACAUAUAAUAAAUACAUCGAUUGUUGACAGAGAAUGACUUUUGAAAUAUAUUAUUAAAUGUUUUUUAAUAAUAAUAAUAGUCGAUAGACUAGGUCGCUGAAUGUCUAGAUUCUAGAUGUUUUUCGAAUUAUCUACAACACAGUAAUAUCAGCUUGAGCACUAGUUUUCAUUGUGUAUUUACUAGAUUAUAAUAAUAGUGGUCUAAUUCAUCCGUCUACAUGUUUAUCGCGUCUUUAUCUUAUUAUACAAUAGCAAUACUAGUACGUUGUAAUUCUGUUAUAACGCGUUAGCGCAAUCUUACUAUAGACGAUACCUAUUCAGUCCGUCAGUUUGAUAUUCGAAACAAAUUCACGUUUGUAUUUAUUUUAUCGAUGUGAUAAAAUCUUUCAUAAUGGGCAAUUGGAGAAUUGUAAUAAAGAAAGUGGGGAAAGAAAUGUCGGUUGUGUGAAACGAAAAAUUCAUUGUAAUCGGUUCCCUUUAGGGCUGAAACUGCGAUGCGGACGUCUGCGACACCCGUGGCGUGAUAAUGCAACUUUAACGGUGUACAUUAUAGUCGUAUCAAUUGAAAGCUUAAUAUAAUAAUUACGUAGCAAAACAAUGACGACUAACAAUAUAAAAACGACAAUCAGUAAGCAUGUUUAUGUGCUCACGCGACGGGUGCCCCUCGUGGGUCAGUUUUGUAUGAGACCGUGUUCACGUACGGGUACCGCAGUUUCCAGCCUCAUAUACAUAUAUUAUAUGGGAGUCAGUAACACAACUGGUGCCUAUUUAUAAGAAAAUUUUGGAAAAUUAAAGGCGUGACGUAGAAAAGGUACGUGCGGGACGUGAAUGUAUUUCGUUAUCUAACGUAAACAAAAUAUUGAUCAUCUUUAUCAUAGUUGCACAUUUAUUGUUACGUUGCACCUUGUCUUUUAAUCAUAGAACUUUCUAGACAUGUGGAGAACAGUGGCAGAUUACAAUUUCCAGAGAUAUUCGGAUAAUUACAAGUAUAAUCAUUGUUUUUAAUACUUAAUUAAUUAUUUUUUCGGAUUUUCGAAAAUUUCUCGGUAGUAGCACGGGAAUUGUGUCCAGGAUGUGGCAAUAGGCUCACCCCCUAUUACAUGGGACUUAUAACACAAAUGGUGAAAAGUGGGUGUACAAUGUACAUUGUAUAGCGGCAUUACGUGCCGUAAAGUGCACCUCUGCCUACCCCUUCGGGGGUAAAAGGCGUGACGUUGUGUGUAAUAAUUGAUAAUUUAAGAAUCUGGAAAUCCUUCUCUGCACCUGUUCUGAACCACGAUCGCGAAUAUUGAAGUCUUACUUAGUACUUUAAUAUAUUUAAUUAGAUUCAACGGCUUACCCACGGAACUGUUAACAUGAUUACUCUACCAGUUUCGAGCCACGCCAGCCGGCCGUAAUCAAACAGUUGCGUAAGUCAGACGUUUAAUUUAAUUAAUGUAGGUCAAUGUAUUCUAUUUUUAUUUCCAUAAAAUAUUGUUAAAUUUUAUCCAAAUAUCAUUAACGUGGUCUAUUACAGUUGAUCCGGAUUUAAAUUGUACGUGCCAACUUGUAUUCUAACUUUGGAUAAAAUUUUAUGCUAUAUGCUAUGUGCUUUGUAUAAUCCUUCCAUUUUAAAUUGCAGUUUGUUAAACAGUUUCAUAUUGUGUAUUGAUGAGGUUUUUAAACGGUUUCAUAUUUGAAAGUUACUUGAACUGAAUAUUGUUAAAUUUGCUGGCGAAUGUUUUAUUCAAUUUGGUAAUUUCUGCAACAGCUCGUGGAAGCUCUUUGCUGGAGUAUAUACUCUGUUCAAAAAUGAAUGUAUUUAUCUUAACGCUCAGCAGACGGAUUCAAAACCUUCGUUUAAAUUAUUUUUGUGUUGAGAACUUUUUAAUCAAAUGUUAUCUGAUCUCUAUCAAAUUAAUAUACAGUCUUUUGUCAGAGCGCUCUUAGUACAAGUAAGUUUUACGUAUAAAGCGAUCGAAAUUCUUCGAGAGCGUUCGCUGCUCUAAUUGUUUGGUAUAUUCGAGCUGGCCAAUCAGCGCCAAACGCGGUCUGGUUUCGAUUUAGGUGAACAUAAAACAAAUUCGUACUAAGCAUACAGGUCUUACAAGACGAGGGAGAAGACUCAGAGCGAUGGCUCAAAGUCAAAGUCAAAGCAUUUAUUUCAAUUAAUCCUAAAUAAGGCACUUUUGAAACGUCAAAUUGAACUGUCCGUCAGUCUGUCUGUCAGUGAAGCUAGGCGCUCGUUCCAAAGUGUUGCUUCGAAUGGAGAAGAACGAUCAAGAAACUCCAUCGUUACUUUUUUCAAAAAAUGUUCUUUACAAUAUCUCUGAUACAUUAUUUGAUCAUUUACCUAUUGUAUAUAUAUAUAUGUAGGAACAAUGUAACGACAAUACGACGUCAAAACUAUGGGACAAUAAAACCAAUUUGAAAAAACCAACUAGUACUAAGAGUACAGGUUAUACGAGCAAGAAGAGUCAGAGUAGUGGCUAAAUGUUUUCAAUACUGCCUUUUCCAUAUGCAGUAAAAAUUGACUAAGUUAAUUUCUUCACGGUCAGUAUUCACACUGACAGUUUGGCAUCAGACGUGUGGACCGUCUGAAGCCGUAAUCUUUAUUGCUAAAAGUGUCAUUAAACAACGAAGAAGAAAAGACUUCAUGCAUGUUCGUCUUUUUCUACUUAAAAUAUAAUAUUUUUUUUAUUUAUGUUUACAAAACGGUUACCGAUUGAAAAGCAUUAUGAAAUCUGUUCCAUGCUGGCCCUGAAGGAAAUCAUUUUACUCCAAAUAUAAUUAUAAUUAACAUAUCAUUACUACAAGCUCGUCGUACAUAAUAAUGUCUAAUGUCUAUUGCUUAAGCGGUAAAUAACAAUAAUAAUAUGCUCUGCGAUGCAAUCCUUUCUCUGCAAAUGUUUUAAUACUAUAGCUUUAUAUUGCUCACAGCGAUAGUCUUUCAAUGCUGAAGCCGGCUUAAAAACCUACAGUAUGGCAACAUUUGACUGAAUUAUUAUUACUUAUACUCAAUGUGCUAUUAAUGUAAUAAAAAAUAUUGUUAAAA